GCAAGCGUGCACUCACCGGCAGAUACACUCAAGCUCCCCUCUCACUCUCUUUAACGCCACCCUUCCUUACUCUCCUCUCCGCCGGUGGAUUUGAGGCCGCUGUUCGCGUGAAACCUCGUCAAAAUGUCCGACAAGCCUGAUAUGACUGAGAUUUCCCGUUUUGACAAGACAAAGCUGAAGAAGACUGAGACAAAAGAAAAAAACCCUCUGCCCACCAAAGAGACUAUUGAGCAAGAGAGAAAAGGAGAUGCCACACCUUGACUACUAAGCACAUGAAGAAAAGAAGCUGGGAUGCCACGGCAAAAUGCACUUUCUUUUAAUUAUUACACUACUCAAAUCUCCUACUUUGGUCUUGAAAAAGGGUGCGCUGAGCUCCCAGGGGGUUUUACCCUUACAUGGGGUCUCUUUACCCCUUGAGAGGAAAGCGAUAGCCUGGUUGCCUGUCUCAUUCUGUUAGCUUGUAGCUAACAGCUCACCAAUAUUGCCAAACUGGUGAGUGGUGUUGUGAUGUAGCGUCAAAGAGGCGGGUAACCAGGCCAAGAGUGGAUGGGGGUGGGGAGGUCUCGUAAAAAAAGGAGAACCAUUGGAGCCAAACUAUCAAGGAUGUUUUCUUAAUAAUUUUUUACUUUUCAUUUUGAAAUAAAUAUCAAGAUGUGGAACCUAA